CUGGGGAGAUCCUCUUUCAGUAGCCUAUCAUUUUGCCUUUUCAUACUGUUCGUGGGAUUCUCAAGGCAAGAAUACGGAAGUGGUUUGCCAUUCCCUUCUCCAGUGGACCACAUUCUGUCACAUUCCAAAGGUUAGUUAAGCUGUAAUACGAAGAAUGGAGUGAAAAAGCAAAAUGGAUAGGAGUAAUGGAAUAAUCCAAUAUAUGUUAGGAAGUAGUUGUGGAAAUAGAAAUGGCAGACUCAAGGAAUAAAUUGAAAGUAAAUGGACAGGGUAAGUAGGGUAGGGGAAUGAAGUAUUAAGGGUGACUUGCAGGUUUCUGAGUUGUAUAGCUGGAUUGGGGUCAUUUACUGAAUGGGGAAAAUUUUGAAGAUUGGUUUUAUACAUGGUAAGUUGUAGAUGCCUUUGAAAAAUUUUAGAGCUGUAGAAUGAGAAGUAGGGAUUUAGAGCUCAGAUUUGAUGCUUGUGUAGAAAUAAAAAAUUAGUGAGUCAUCUAUAAAUUAGAGUCAUGUGCAUAACUGAGUGAAGUGGGCCGAGGAUGAAAUAUUGGAAACUUAUUAACCAGGUUAGAGGAACAUGAAUCUGCAGAAGUUUAGGAGGCAUGUCCAGGAAGGGAGGAAAACCAGGUGAGUACUGUGUUUCAGAAGUCAACAAAAAUCUUUUCCAGCAAAAGGAACUGAUCAAAAGUGUCAGAUGUUUCUGAGAGGUCAAGUGAGAUGGUAUGAAAAGCAUUCUUUCAAGUUACCAAUCAAGACAUUAUUUCCAUUUCAAAGGAAACUUUACUAGAAAGCCAAUAUGUAAACAGUAUUUUUAUUUUUUCCUUUUUUGGCCCCACUGCACAGCUUAUGGGAUCUUAGUUCCCAGAGCAGAGAUUGAACCCAGGCCUCGGGCAGAGCACAGAACCCUAACCACUGGACCACCCGGGAAUUCCCAGUAAUAAUUUUUAAAACCUCUGGUUGGAGUGGAGGUGAGAUUCUUGUACCCUGCCUGUUUCACCCCAUUUGGACCACAGUUUGAAAUCCGCUGAAAAGUUGAAAUCAUUUUAUAAUGGGGAAACUCAACAGUUAAGAAGAAAAGAUGCUAGAACCACAGGAGAAUAUCUUGACUGACCUACCAGAUUAUGAGCAUAUAGAAGAUGAAACUUUUCCUCCGUUCCCACCUCCAGCCUCUCCAGGGAGAGAAGAUGGUGAAGGCGCUGAACCUGAAGAAGAGUCAGGGAGAGGAGCGCCUGUUCCUGUACCUCCGAAGAGAACAGUUAAAAGGAAUAUACCCAAGCUGAAUGCUGAGAGAUUAAUUUCAGAGAGAGGGCUCCCAGCAUUAAGGCAUGUGUUUGAGAAGGCAAAAUUCAAAGGUAAAGGUCAUGAGGCUGAGGACUUGAAGACACUAAUCAGACACAUGGAGCACUGGGCACAUAGGCUAUUCCCUAAACUGCAAUUUGAAGAUUUUAUUGAUAGAGUUGAAUAUCUGGGAAAUAAAAAGGAAGUUCAGACCUGUUUAAAACGAAUUCGACUUGAUCUCCCUAUUUUACAUGAAGAUUUUGUUAGCAAUAAUGAUGAAGUAGAGGAAAGUAAUGGCCAUGAUGUAACUGCUACCGAAUUAGAUCCCUUUCUGACAAAUUCAUACGGAAGUGUAGAGUUUGCUUCUGAGUCAAGUAGAAGCCUAACAGAAGAAGAACAACAAAGAAUUGAGAGAAAUAAACAACUGGCCUUGGAAAGAAGACAGGCAAAGCUACUGAGUAACAGUCAGUCCCUAGGAAAUGACUUGUCAGUGAACACACCCAGCACACAGACCUCUGAGGCGGGUAGUGCAGGUGAGGAGCAAAAGGAGGAAGAAGCAAAUGGAUUUAACAGAGACCUUCUCGACAGUCCACGUAAUGCUGGUGCUGCCAGUACUGUAAACGAAGAGGAGGAGUUUAAAGUCAAGGAAAUGCAACUGGACCAGUCCUUUCACAAUGUACAGUAGUAACUUAAGGCUUCGUCUAGAAAUGUUCCUCAAGUUGGAUAGGCCUCAAGUGAGAACAUCUAUUAACUUGCUGUCUUCCAAAUUUGAGGUGACGGUGCAGUGCAUUUUGUUUGCUUUGAGUGAAAAUCUUUAUAUAGUGAAACUUUUAGAUUCCUGUUUAAAAUCUGGCAUUAUUUUAAUUAUGUUUAUGUGCUCAAUUGCUC